AUGUCUGAAAUAGAAUCUCAGAUGGGAAAAGACACUAUGUAUGAAAUUGGCGAUAAACUAAGAAAAUUAUAUCCUCAAUUUUUAGAAAGACCAUAUGUUACUAAACAUUUAACUAAAGUUACUGCAGCUGGUAACGAAUAUACAAUAGUAACACGUGAAAGUGCACUAAUUUUGAGAGAAGGACUUCGAGGAAGGAAUAAGAAGAAGGCUUUGAAGAGACAUUGGUCGACCAGAAGAUUGGCUACUACUCAUAACCACGAAUUUACUGAUGCUGCAUCAGGAUUUUUCAGAUCUUGCAAAAGUUAUUAUCCGACCCAAAAUAUAUCAUUAAUAGAAAAAUUGGUGCCAUUAUUUAAAUCGGAGAGAGAAUUCCAAAAAGUAUUCAAAGCAUUGAAAAAACACACUGAAGCCAGAGUGGAUUACAAUUAUUUGAAAAUUUUACAUGCGUUAUAUGAAUUAUACGAAACAACUUAUUAUAGUGGUUUCAAAUUGCCCAAGUGGUAUACUGAAAAGAUAUCCGACGGUUUUUAUAAAGUGAUGCAUCAAUUUGUCAAUAUAUCCUUUUCAACUGAUUACCUUAAAACAAUUACUGGAGGUCGAACGCUGAGGUACUUCUUAGACACAUUGGACGAUAAAUUGAACCACAAAUUGGAACCAUGCGAUACAAGAAUGAUGGUACACGUUGCUUAUGAUGCAAACAUAUCGCCCUUCUUUGCCGCUUUGGGUGGUGAGAAAGGAUUUACCUCAGGAAAGGAAAUUAUUCACCAUUUCUUCCCACCAUCAGGCGGUUUUGUGGUCAUAGAAGCCCAUCAAGUAGCCGACGAAGAAGACUUCUGGUUAAAGGUGUACACAUCAGAAAGUUUAUAUGCACCAGUCAGAGGCCUUAAUAUUACCGAUUGUACUGUCCCAUGUAACUACAAACAGUUGAGAAAAUUGCGCCAAAAUAUUGCAGUGACAAAAUUAGAAUGGGAAGAUAAAUGCGAAAAAGGUCCUGAAAAAAUUCCGAAAUAG